CCAGAGUCAUUCACGACUGGACUUAACUGUCAGGGGUCCUUUACUUUUUUAAAAUCUAAUUUUAAACCAGUAAAAGGUAAUGGGCCCCUGGAUGGUUACCAGUAAGUCUAGUCAAAGGCGACUUUGUGGUUGCAGCACUCAUCUCGCUUUCAAGCCGAGGGAGCCGACAUUUGCCCACAGACAGCUUUCUGGGUUAUGUGGCCAGCAUGACUAAACCACUUCUGGCGCAACAGGACACUGUGACGAGUGCCAGAGCCACAGAAAUGCCUUUUACUUUCUCGCCGCAGCAGUACCUAUUUAUCUACUUGCACUUGCGUGCUUUCAGACUGCUAUGUUGGCAGGAGCUGGGGCAGAGCAAUGGGAGCUCAGCCUGUCGUGGGGUCGGAUUUGAACUGGCAAGUCCAAAAGGCUCAGUGGUUUAGACCACAGCUCCACCCACGUCCCUAAACCAGUGUGUUGCAGUGGCUUCAGCUGUUUUGCAAGACAACUCUCAUCAAAUCCAGGUUGCGGAAGACUGGGUUGGACUAGGACCAGGGAGGCCCAGGUUCACAUAUCUAUCCUGCCAGGAAACAUGCUAGCUGACCUUGGGCCAACUACUACCUCUCAGCCUAACCUACCUCACAAGGUUGUUCAGAAGAUAAAAGGGAGUCUGGAAAGAACCAUGUAUGCUAGCUAGCUGAGUACCUUGGAGGAGUGGGAUAUGAAAUAUAUAAUUUACUCAGAAAUAGCUGGCGUUCGUGGGAUUUACUCCCAUCUAAUAUAAAUUGUAGCUGUAGGCUCCAUUCAUUAAUACUAUACCUUUAAUUCCAGUAGUGCAGAGUCAAAAGAGCAUAAUUUUGCUGUGGAACAUGGUGAAAAGAAACAAAGGCUGCUGGAAAAUGCUAAGAGAAAAAAGUACCGGUACUCAAAUACUGAAAAUAGAUACUCUGUACACUGAUUUGUAUAGUUACUUUUCACUUAAGAGCUACAGUUCCCCUUAAACUACAGUUCCUAGCAAGCUGUAUCUUUAAAAUGUGUUUUAAAUGUAUGCUGAUACGUAUGUUUAGCAAUUUGUGGCCCCCUUGACAACCCAAAAGGAGAGAGAGAACCAACUCUUUCAUAGUAUACAAAAGCUCUUCUGUCUGCUUGAAUGAAGGCAACUCCCCCCCCCCCUUUUGCCAGAGAUAGACAAGUGGCUAUUACAAGUCUCUCGGAGCUGUUUAUAAACAGAGUUUAUAUAUCAAGCACUUAGUUCUUCCUCAGUAAAUAACACUUUCAAGCAGUUUUUCUUUCGGAUUUCUGCAGUGCAAUAUGGAUACCCUCUCCUUUCCUUUGUUCCAUCCUUGUGUGGAAAUAUGCCAGAGCAAGUGGGGUAUCGACUAAAUGUCAACUCAAAAUGUCUGCGGCAAGAUGCUUCAAUUUGGAUUGUCCAGAUGAUGAUAUUCUUCAUUGUACACUCAUAUUGGUUUAUGCGGAGAUGGUACUUGUGCAGAACUGUUAUAGGCGUCCUUUCCCCCACAUAUGAGUUAUAUGUUCAAUGUCUGCCUUUCUUUCGAACCUUUGUUUUGUUGCCAAUUUCCUUUGUUCCAGAUGACUCUACUGCUCAGCUUUCCCAAAACUCUGAAAAUCUCUUAAAUACUGUAGUAUAAGUGGUUUCGAGAUUGCAGCAGUACAGGAAAUCCAGUUGGGUGGGACAACCCAACCCCCAACCCCCUAGAGGAGACGUGAAGGAAGCUGUUCCCUCUGGAUUUGUUGUAGAUGGGAAGUUUGUCAGACGAGCCUAGUUCCCUCCCCAUUUCACCCAGCCCCUUUGCCACUUAAAAAUCAGUGCAAAAGCAAAAAAAACCAAAAUCAGUUGUUCUAACUUCCACAACGCAUGUCCUUGGCCUGGCUCUGAGGAAGUUUGUGGUUGUGAUUAAUCUCACGCCAGGGAAGUGCCUUUCUUCGUAAAAAGUUUUAUCCGUCUGGGAAGGUUGCAGCUGUUGGGAGCCUUCUGGCGGCGGUGGUGGUGGUGGUGCAGGGUUAGCAAAGGAAAUAAAGGCCCACAAUCCUAAAAGGCGGGGUAGGGUGGGGGGAAUCUGAUCACAGAUUAAAGAGCCAGCCCCCUUCCUGUCUUUUAACGCAAGACGUAAUCCAUGCUGGAAGGCUUCUUUGUCUUGCUGCUGAUUGUGCUCCCAGGGGUUACUUGAACUGGCGUAGGCAGGUGAAGAACUGGGUUUCCAUUUGAAAAUGGAGAGGCCUACACCUUUUUGUUCUUUCUUUCCCCGAUCAAUCUGGUUUCUCUGGAGGAGACUUAUUUGGCCUACGCUGGACUUUCCACUCAGACAACAACUACUACAACCCAGUUUUUGCUCUUUACAUUUCAACCCUGCUCGCCUCUCCAAUCCAGUACAAAUUUCUCACUCCCACCAACACCAGGGGUGGCUAGAGGCUUCCGGGGUCUACAGUAGACCUAAGAUCUACUGACUGGCCACCGCCUCCCCAAUAUGAGGCAAACCUUGCUAUGACAACUGUCAAUUAGAAUGUCUCCCCCCCACCCCAAACGGAGAAACAUGCUGUUUUCUUCAGCACCCUUAAAAGUUUGCCACUUUGACUUCAUUUGUUUUAUUUGUAGGGGGUGCUGUCUUCCCCCUUGUUGCUCUGUGUCCAUAUGACUCCCCCCACCCCAUAUAGGUAUUGAUGCCAAAGGCCAAUCCACCCACCUCAGUUCUCUCAUGUUGUUGUUGGCAUCUGUCUGUCUCAAGAGACAAUGGAGUGUGCCUCCAGGGGUGAAGUCAAACUGCUGCAUUAGCAGCCCUGAAGUGAUAUCCCCUCAGUGCAUGCCUGGGCAGUGUGUAUGGCGGUCCUGGGCUGCCCAGACAAGACCCCCUUGCUUGGACUCUCUGAUGUUGUCCAAAGGAAAGCAGAGCAAUAUUUUUGGCAUUGGUUUUGGUUGCAGGAGUUGCUGGAAGGAGGCGUUCAAGGCGCCAUCCAACCAUCUUAGGGACUCCAUUCCAGAUUUGUAUAGGGUUUACUCCUUAGCCGGUACUCGGCACCUUUCUCCCCAAACAGGGAAAUGGUCCUUUAGGCUUCCCUUCCUCCACCAUGAAUAGAAACAAUUCACAUAAUACAUUUAAAGCUCUAUGAUACCACUUGAAAAAGUUGUGGCUUCCCCUAAAGAAUUCUGGCAGCCGCAGCUUGUUGAGAGUGUGGAGUAGAGACCCCUAUUCCUCUCCCAGGGCUACCAUUCCCAGAGUGGUUUUAACAGUCAACCCCUCUUCCCAAUGAACUCUGGAAGAUUGUAGCUCUGCAAGGGAAAUAAGAGUCUCCUAACAACUCUCUGCACCUUCACGAAUCAUAGUUCCCUAGUAGAUAUGGUGGCUGAGCGGUGGUGAGGCCUAGACAGAUAAGGCCUCUUAAGAAACUUCUAUCUUAGAUCUACUGCUCUGUUAGUUUUCAAUAGGUAGGCCUGCUGUCUACCUACGGGUGAAACUGGCACCCAGAUAACAUCUUUCCACUGCUCACAUAAACCCUGUCCUAUGCCUGGCCUCCCUUCACCUCCUCCAGACCUUAAUUAAUUGCACUGCUGCUAUGAUCAACUUCACAACCUUCUCCUCACUGUGUUUCACUAAAAACAACAACUCCCCCAAAACCAGGUUAACAACAUGGGACUACACUUCAGGGUUGCUGUACAUUACCUCUUCACUUCCUCCAGGAAAAUGGGCAUAAGAACAGUACUUGGCAGGGCAGGUGUAACCCACACUCUUAGCCAUAGGCCUUUCCCUUGCAAUAUGGGUCUAUUAUGCUAUAUCAUGUUCACAAAUUGAGAAGAAAAUCCAUUUUCCCCCCGUAUGAAAUAAGUCCUUAGGGCAUGAGCGCCUGACUUACUGCUAAUUUUUAAUUGACAUACUACUGCCUAAUCACAGCUACACUAAAUCCAACAUACUUGAACUUUCUGUUGGGCAGCAGUGAGGAGUAGUCAAGGCGUCACAAACCAAUACAGUAGUCAAUAAUGAUAAUGGGAGUUUCACUCUAGCCUCUGACUCAAUGGCUUGAACCGCUUUCCUAAAUGUCAGUCAUUUGGGUGGGAUUUCACUCACAGGCUGCAAACAUUGAAAAGUAGACGGCUUGUUCCCACGAAACAAAUUGAGAAUUGGGGGCUGCACAUUUUUCCCUCUUGGGUUCUACAGAAGCUAGAAAAGGGGGGGGGGGUUGUAAUCUGGGAGAAUCUGCUGGUGUCGAAACCCUUCCUUGUCACAGCUAAAACUUGAGAUGUUGGUCCUUAGCCUUGCUGUCUCACUUAUGGUAAAUACUCUUUAAAUACAGGGUAGUUUUAUCAGCAGCUAUUACUCAUUGCUAAAUUGAACCUCUGCUAUUAGAGGUAAUAUACCUCUGUUUAUGAAACACAGAGAUAAAAGAGUGGGGGAUAUUUGUUCCUUUGUGCUCUAGUUAUAAGUUUAUCAGGGGCAUCUGAUAGCCACUGCUGCUGAGACAAUGCUGGACAACAAAUAUUAUUUGCCUUGCUGCUUCCAAUCAGUUCUCGGGUCAGCAUAGGAAUGGGCAACUUAACUCAUGAUAGAAGUAUAUAGGGUCUAUCCCACUGUCAUUUUAGGACCUGGGAGACCAGGGCUCAAAUCCCACCUUGGGCAUGGAGCUCACUGGGUGAUGUUGGACAGUCACUGCCUCUCUCAGACUAACCUACCUCGCAGGGUUGCUGUGGGGAUUAAAUGAGGAGGAGGGAGAACCAUGUAUGCCACCUUGAGCUCCUAGGGAUAGGAAGGCAAUAAAUAAAUAUGCAGAAGGUCCCAGGUUCAGGCCUCUGCAUAGAAUUGUAGCAUUGGAACAGGGACCACGAGGGUUGUCUAGUGACUCUAGUCCAACCCACUACAGUCUUUUGCCCAACGUGGAUCUUGAACCCACAAUUUAGAGUCUCACGCUGUACCAUCUGAGCUAUCCCGGGUAGGUUGGGAAUGUCCUCUGUCUGAAAUCCUAGAGAAUAUUACCGUAUCUACCCAGUGUAAAUAAUUCUGACCUAAUGGACCAAUAGCCUGACUUGGGAAGGUGGCUUCCAGUGCCCUUCAGAUAUUAUUGAGAACCCCCGGCUCCCAUCACCCAUAACCAUUGGGCAUGCUGGCUAGGGCUGGGGGGAGUUAGGAGUCCAGGAGCCACAGGUUCCCCACACUCAAUCUAGGGCUAACUGUAUGACACCAAGCUUUCCACAGGUAAAACCAACCAGAUGGUAAGGAAGGGGAAAUGCAGGCGAGCUGUUGCCCGUCUUCUGUCAGUUAGAAAACUUUGCGCUCCUCCAUCCCUCAGAUCUGAUUGCUGCCUGUUCUGCUUUCUUCCAGGCAACCCUCCUGACACCAUAGAGCCUGGCAGCUGGGGCGAGGGGGCCAGCCCCUCUGGGGAGAUGGGGGACGCUGGGGAGAAGGGUCUGGACAAUGAUGCAGAAGGUGUCUGGAGCCCUGAUAUUGAGCAGAGUUUCCAGGAGGCCCUGGCCAUCUACCCACCCUGUGGGAGGCGGAAGAUCAUUCUUUCGGACGAGGGGAAGAUGUACGGCCGCAAUGAACUCAUUGCCCGCUACAUUAAACUGAGGACAGGCAAAACGCGGACGAGGAAACAGGUCUCCAGUCACAUCCAGGUUUUGGCCCGGCGGAAAACCCGUGAGAUUCAGGCCAAGCUCAAGGACCAGGUAGCAAAGGACAAAGCGCUUCAGACUAUGGCAGCCAUGUCUUCUGCUCAACUCGUAUCUGCCACAGUCCUCCAGGAAAAACUGGGCUUGUCAGAACCCCACUACCCACCCAGCACCACCUCCACAGAGUUCUUCCAGUUUUGGGCAGGGGAUGCAAGCCAAUCCCGAGACACUCUAGAUGUCAAGCCUAUCCUCCAAGCGCCAUACCCCAUCCCAGUCCCAGCACCCGCUGCUGUCCCAGGUUACCACACGCCCCCAGGCAGAGCCCCCCACCUCCCCAGCGCUACCUCUUGGCAGGGAAGCCACAUCGGUACUGAAACGCUUCGGCUGGUGGAGUUCACUGCGUUUGUGGAGCGGCAGGCAGAACAAGAUGCGUGUAAGCAGCAACACCGCUUUGUGCAUAUCGAUCCGACACCGGCCUCUGACUCCCCGCUGGAGACGGUGGACGUACGCCAAAUCUACGACAAAUUCCCUGAGCGGGGAGGUGGGCUGCGAGACCUGUAUGAUCAGGGGCCUCCUCAUGUCUUCUUCUUGGUCAAGUUCUGGGCCGACCUGAGCUUUCCCCUCCUUGAAGAAGAACCAGGGGGCACAGGAGGGGCCUUCUAUGGGGUGAGCAGCCGAUACGAGGGCCCACGGGCUCUGACUCUCAGUUGCACCUCCAAGGUCUGCUCCUUUGGCAAACAGGUGGUGGAAAAACUGGAGACAGCUGAGCCUCCCCACUGGGAAGACGGACGCUUUGUUUUCCAGCUGCAGCGCUCGCCGCUGUGCGAGUACCUCAUCAACUUCAUCCGCAAACUGCGAACGCUGCCAGAAAAGCCGAUGAUGGACAGCGUGCUUGAAAACUUCACUAUCCUGCAGGUUUUGCGGGAUCAAGAAACUCAGGAGUUACUUUUAUGUGUGGCCUUCGUGUUUGAAGUGUCUGCCAGCGAGAACGGGGCACAGCACCACAUCUACCGGCUGGGCCGGGAGUGAUGAACAGCUUUUACCCCACCUCCAUGCUCCAAAAUGGGUCACUCGCCUCCACUGCCUCACCCACCAGGAGGUCUACGGCCUGUCUGUGAACUGUGAAUGGACUGCUAUGACAACUUCUGAACCUUCUGUGAUAAUGGCUUUUUUGUCACCUGGCAACCACCAGCAAACCCAGGAACUGAUUCUACCAAUGGAUACCCUCCGUUCUCCCUGAUGGCCACAAAGUUAGUCCCGAGGCCCAAGCCCAGAAGCACUGCUGUUGUUCAGCGGAGAAGUUCGCAGCCAUGGCAACAGCAUUGUCGAGCAGCAGUGCUUUCAGGGCAAGCUCCCCCCCCCUCCCUGCUCCCAAUCAAGCUGUGGGAUAUCAGGAGUUAACCUCUACCAUACAUAUGUCAUGGCAGACCUUGACCGAGAACAUCUCCCUCCAUGUGGCUGGGAUUUCACACACUCCAUUGUCAAUGAGGCACGUGGCAUUUUCGAGGACGGUUGCUUUUAAUAAUCUGGCAGAAGUCUGAUGUAACUUAACCUGUCCGUGUGAGAAUUAGGAGUAAGGAGAUCAACCUGUUUUGGGGGUGGGCCACACCACUUCACCUUGGGUAGCGAGGUCCACAAGAUUGUAGGCUCCUCCCCAGAAAAGCUAGUGUUCUGUGUGCAGGGUUUUUGGUAUGGAGAAGCAUUCGGUAAGGUGAGUCUCUGCUUGCAGCCUGAGAUGGCACAACCCUGAAAGCAGUAUGUAUACAUUUGAUCCUGCAGGCUCUCUUUAUGAGUACUAGACCUAAUCUGGUGUUGUUUUUAACCAGGCGUUGGCAACGUUUUCCGGCCAUGGGUCGGGGCAUUCACACAGACUAUUGGACAUGGGACGGACAUGCGCAGAAGCGAUUUCCGGUGCCAUGCUGCCCAUGUCCAGGGUGCCAUAAAUUGCUUCUGUGCAUGUCCGCAGCACCGGAAAUCACUUCUGUGGCUGCGCAGACACCGGAAAUCACAUCUGUGCAGAAGCGAUUUUCGGCGCCUGCACAGCCACAGACACAAUUUUCGGCAUCUGCACAGGUGCCCUUUCCAGUGCUGCUCAGCAAGUCCCCGCACCGCGCUGUUUUAGCACAGCAUGUGGGAGACUUGCCAAGCAGGCGGCUCAGUGAGCGGGGGGCUUGUGGGCCGGAUAAACGGCCUCCAUGGGCCGUAUCUGGCCCAUGGGCCAAAGGUUGCCAAUGUAUGUUUUUAACCAUGCCUACUUAGUGGGGGCGGGGGGGAAGAGUCCUGUUAUAGAAUUCAGUGGGGCCUACUCCUUAUCGCACUGGAGGUGGAGACAUUCACCUUUCAGAGGCACCUUGCCUCACAAGAGAUUCAAGGCUUUGUCUAUACAUGCAGCAGAAUGAGGAGAUAGAAUGGCUGCAGUGGGGCCAACACUACAGACUACAGGCAGAUGAUUCUAUUUGUUAUUAUUCCUAGGUGUAAACUCCCUGCAAGAACACCAGCAAACCCAAGGAGAAAGGUUUGCCUGCAGGCCUCUCCCUGCAGUGCUUGCUUUCUGCUAGCAAGAGUUUUAUGUAGACCAGCACCCGAAAAGAUGGUUCUGCGGGCUGGUCUUUGAGCUGAAAAUAACCGUUCCCUUCAACAGGAGUCCAGAACCUUUCUUUCCUGUUGGAGGCCAGCAUAGCCUCAGCACCCAUUGUUUGGGGGCCACCUUCUAGUGGUGGGUGGGGCACCCCAUUUCACCCCUUCCUUGCCACUGCCAUGUAUUUGGCCAAAGGCUCCUACUUGGGAGAAGGCUGCAGCACAGGAGGAGAACGUUUGCUUCGCAUGCGGAGGGUCCCAGGUUCAACCCCACUAUCCCUAGGUAAGGCAGGGAGAGACCUUUGUGGAACCCAGGUGAGCCACUGCCAGCCCAUGCAGAUGCUAAUUAGGGCCAGACUCUGCCUAAGGCAGCUUUCUCUGCUGCUGCCCUAUAGCUGCAAAUGGGGAAGUAACAUGGUUUAUUCCACAGCUUUCUUCUGCUGGCUGUUUAGACCCAGCCUCUGAUGGAGCAAAGUGUAAGAACGAGCCAAGCUUUGCUUGAAAGUGUGGGGUGUAUGAGACUCAUUCGGACUUCGUGUACAGUACUUUCUUCGUAUACAGUCUUUUCCCCUUGCCCCUUUGUCAUUCACAAGGUUGCAGUGGUCUCUCGCUUUGGUGGGAAAGGGGGGAAAUGACGUGAUCUUGCAUAAAGUUUAUUUUGACAUAGUA